GACCGAAGGAAUUUGCUGCACUAUGGAGCUGUCUUGGUCAAUGGAGGGCCAUUUUUGAGAGAUUUGACAAAGAUAGAAGUGGGAAAAUUGAUGCAACAGAACUAAGGGAUGCUCUCUACAGUCUUGGAUAUAUGGUGCCACCUUCUGUUCUUGAAGUUUUGAUUUCCAGAUAUACUGACGGAAGUGGUCGGAGGCCUGAGCUAUCUUUUGAUAGUUUUGUCGAAUGUGGAAUGGUUGUGAAGGGCUUGACCGAAAAGUUCAAGGAGAAGGACACGCGUUAUACUGGCUCGGCGAAACUGACCUAUGAUGAGUUCAUGACUAUGAUCCUACCUUUUAUUGUGUCAUACUAGCAUGUUAGAAAUUCAGUUCUUAUUUCAUUUAUUGUUUGUUUGGUGGUUUUGGAGAGAAUUUCUAUAGUUGAUUGUUUACAAUAUUGUGUUCUUGACAUUGUAUAUGUGUAUAAGUCUUUUCAUGUC